AUGUCAAACGAGGAGGCCAGUUCGUCUCAGGGCACUAAGCGGCCGAAAAGGCGUAAAGUAGAUUGUAGCGGAUAUUGUGGUUUAACUGAGGAGGAAGUCAAUAGUAUUUUAAGUCUGGUAGAUGAAGAUAUUUACUUGUCUGACGUUAGUGAAGAAGACCCCUUUCUCGAUAGCGGAAGCGAAUAUUGUCCAUCUUCUGAGGACUCUGAGAGCGAUCUGGAUGAAUUGGAACCGGAAAAUGAACAAGAAAAUCAGCAGGAAGAGGUAGGAAACGUUGAAGAUAAUAUUACUCACCAAACAGUUCUGGAAAUAAUUUGGACAAAAAAUGAGUUUCUACCGAAAAUACACGAAUUUGACACGACCAAUAGCGGUGUAAAAGACCAAAACCUCGACGAAAACUCAAAGGAAGUCGACUAUUUUCUUAGUUUGUUCACAGAAAACAUAGUGGAUGUUAUUUUGGAUGAAACAAAUAAUUAUGCACGCCAACAAAAUGCAAAAAACUGGAAGCAUUUAGAACGUUCCGAAUUUUACGUUUUUCUGGCUUUGACGUUGCUCAUGCCUCGCAAUAAAAAAGUGAACUUGAAGGAAUAUUGGUCCCAAAACCACUUACUGCUUUCACCUGCAUUUAGCAAACAUAUGUCAAGGGACAGGUAUUUUCAAUUACAAAGGUAUUUGCAUUUCUCCAAUAAUGAAAUCGCUCCACCUGGUAAUAGAUUGUUCAAAGUUGAGAACGUGCUAAAUAUAUUGAAAGAAAAUUUCCAGUCUCAAUUCUAUCUAUUUCAAAAUUUGGUUAUAGAUGAGAGUAUGAUUCUUUUUAAAGGAAGACUCAGUUUUAAACAGUAUAUCAAGACCAAGAAACAUCGUUUUGGAAUUAAACUCUACGUGUUGUGUGAUUGCGAAACAGGAAUUGUCUUAGACCUUAUAAUAUAUUGUGGAAAAGACACUAAUAUAAAAGCAGAAGACAAGAAUAAUCUUGGUACUACAGGGGCCGUUGUUGCAAAACUUUUAGAGCCAUACCUCAACAAGGGACAUUCUCUUUAUACGGAUAAUUUUUACACCAGCCCUACACUGUCAACUUUUUUGUUACAACAUAAAACAAACUCCUGUGGAACUGUAAGGCAAAAUAGGAAACAUAUGCCAGUAUUUGAUAAAAAAUUAAAACAAGGAGAUACUGACUGGAGAAGUAGUGAAAAUUUAUUGGCAAUAAAAUGGAAAGAUCGGCGGGAUGUUGUGAUGCUGACCAGUAUGCAUGAAAAUAGAAUGGUUACUUUGCCGAAAAUAAAUCGAUCUACAUAUGAAAAUGUAAUAAAGCCGUUAUGUGUUCUGGAAUACAACCGUCAAAUGGGGGCUGUCGACAGAUCAGAUAUGAUGCUGAGUAGCGUAGAUUGCACUCGAAAAUGUCUGAAAUGGUAUGAGAAGUUAUUUUUCCAUUCGAUUGACAUAACAUUGCUAAACGCACAUGCAAUGUUUUCCACAAGACAUACUAAGAAGACUUCAUUCGCCAAUUUUCAUCUAGCGGUUAUUGCUCAACUUAUAGAAAGGUAUGGCAUAGUAAAAUCUAUACAUUGCGAUUUGGGCAAUGCCAGGCUUCAGAAUAGACACUUUCCGGUGUCAGUUCCACGAAAACCAGGCAGUACUAAGGUUGGAUCCAGAAGAUGUUGGGUUUGUUCCCAUACAAAGCAGAAACAAGCAAAAAGAAAAGAGUCCAGCUAUAUGUGCCCAGAAUGUGACGUUGGAUUAUGCGUGGUCCCUUGCUUCAAAAUAUAUCACACAAAGGCUACUUUUUAA